UACAGAAACACAGUCUGAACAGCAAGUCCCUGUAAAAGAUGUUGAUGAAACAGAGAAUGGUUCAGUUGACCUUACAUCGGUGAUCAGGAGCAAAGAUACACCAUUUUCCUUAGAUCCUUCAUUUCCAUAUGAACAGGAUUCCUCAGAGAUUGAUGAUUUAAUCAAAAUUUCACAACUUCCUAAACAGGUGACAUAUUCUGAUAUAAUUCAAGUGAAAGGAGUCCCAAUCACAAUGAGAAAAAAGCAAAUUCUAUCAGAGAGAAAGAUACCAGAGCAGCAAGUUUCUUUCCUGGCAACAUGGACCCCAUCAAACAACAAAUCUCAGAAGUAUAAAACAAUCCAUCACCUGUGUACUACUUCAUCUACUCAUAUCCUGACCCAGGAUUUACAGCGAGCAUCACGCUUAUUUCUCAUGCCCAACAUAAUACCUGCUGCAGAUCAGGUGAUCCACCAAGUGGCAGCAUUGAGUCACUAUGAGACUACUGAAAAAAACAGAAUUGUAGGAGGAGCCCCCUUUUUAGAUGUAUAUCAAGGAGAAAAAGAGGGUGGUGUUAGGCAUCUGGAAACACAUUCCAAAGACCAUUUGGCUGAAUGGCAACAGAUAGCAGAGUAUUAUGUGGAGAGACCUAGAAUGCAACUUUUGGGGAAACAGGCUGCCAAGUACAUGAAUGCUUCAAAAAUGUUUUGGAAACCAGCACCUCCUAAAUUUACAUUUGCGACUUCAUUUGUGCAAGACAAAAUAUUUCCCAAGUACCAGGAAACUAAGCACAGUGUGGCAGGCGAAGAACUGUACUGUGACCUGCAAAACCUGAAUGAGUCAGAAUAUGUUGAUGUGGAUGCUGAACGUAGAGCUAUAAUGCCAAAGGUUUUAUCAAGAAAACACAAAUCUAUGUUAGAACUAAGGUCGACAGAAGAUCUUUCUCUGCAGAUGUUUACAGAGACCAGUGUAAAGUCUUGUUUAAUUAGGAAAUCAAUAUCAGCUCCAAACCUGUCCACAGAGACCAAAACCGAAUUAAAGUUUCCUGCUGAUUUCAAAACCUUAUCAAAUGAGUUGGAACUUGCAAAGCAGCAACAGCUAUCUCAAACAAAGGCUCAGGCAAAGAUAGAAGUCUUCUCUUCUUCAACUAAUCCCUUAAUGGAAACCCCUACAGCACAAUUUGCCCAACUUGAGAAUCCAGAGCAAAUCAGUAAACACAGCCCUGUCCUGCAACCACAGAUCAAGGGCAAAAUGUCCAAGGUUGAGGCUGCACGGAACGCUGGCAUGAAAUACAUUGUACAUCCAAAAAAGAAGAAAACCACAAAGGGGAAGAAAAAGCUUAGCCCCCAAAAGCUAGCUUUUGUACUUGAUAAACUAAAUCAGCCUGCAAGGACACUUACAAGAUGCAAGUCUUUGCUUCGACUGCCUAGAACAAUUGAACCCUCUCUAAGAGUACCUGAAAAGAGCCGCCAUUAUCGAAGCUCAAGCCUGCCUUUGAUGCUGAACUUUGAAAAGUUUACUGAAGAUCAUGGUAGCAUCCCUGAGAGUGUCCAUGUCAGAGAGUGGGUGAGGGAUAUCUGGAACAGUUGGUUUGAUGAAGUCUUCCCCCCACCCGAAAAUGUAAAAGUAUCUGCUGCUAAAACAACAAAGCUGCCUUAUACUGAGACAAAGAAAAUUGUGGAGAAACCACAGCCAGAUGAGGAAAUGUCAGUGCCAGAUCAAAUAGAUCUCUCCCUUGCUCUUGGACCAUCAAUUAGUACUGCUGAUUUGCAGAAUGAAAUUGACAAGAUUACACAGUGUCUAGCUGAAGAGGGACGUUCCAGUGCCUUUAAUUUCUGCAGACGAGGAGCUCUUUAUAAAAAGAUGGGUAAUCUAAAACUGGCUUUAGAAGAUCUGAACAAAAGCAUAAGCAUUGAGCCAGGUCUACUGGAUGCAUAUUGGCACAGGCAUUGUAUCUCUUUGCUGAAAGGAAAUCAAAAACAUGCAUUAGAUGACCUGAAUUUCAUAAUUAAACACAAUAAAAACCAUGCAGAUGCCUAUAUGUCAAAAGCUGAAAUUUACAGAAGCAAAGGAGAUAUUACCAUGUCAAUAGUAAAUUACACUCGGGCGAUUAAGGCCAGACCUGAAGACGAUGAGACCUAUUUCAGGAGGGCACAAAUGUUUGAAAUGAGCAAUGAAAAGUCAUUAGCAAUUGAUGAUUAUGCUAAGGCCAGUGCUAUUAAUCCAAAAAGAACAGAUGCUUUGAUGAUUCAUGGCCUGCACUUCUUUAAGAAUUUAAAUUGGAGUGUAGCUAUUCAGGACUUCACAGCAGUAAUGAAACAUGAACCUCUAAAUGCCAAAGCUAGGACUUACAGAGGAAGAGCAUAUGCUAAGCUAGGACAUUACCAGCAAGCAGUAGAAGAUUUAUCAGCAGCAGUCCAUUUGGAUCCCAACAACUGGAUAGCUUUUUACCACAGAGGUUGUUUACUGAGGAAAAGUCACAGUGAAAUCGCUUUGCGGGACCUAAGUGUUUCAGUUCUCAUCAAUGACAGCGUUGAUAACCUCAAUGCCUUUUUACACCGUGGAAUCCUCUAUACAGAACUAAACCAGUGGAUACAAGCUAUCUGUGACUUCGAGCAUGUACUGAAACUUGACAGAUAUGUUGCUGUCGCUCACAUAAACCUAGGGCUUAUUUUUAUGCUAAAAAUGGAAAAUCAUUAUGAAGCCAUUCGCAGAUUUACUAGCGCCAUAAAGAUUGAUCCUACCUGCAACAGAGCAUAUGUUUGUCGCGCCGAAGCUUAUCACAAGGUACAUGAUUUACAGAGGGCACUGAAAGACGUAACUCAAGCUAUCCAUCUACAACCUGAUACUCAGCACUUAUACAUAAUGAGAGGAGAGUACUUGUGUAAGAUGAAGAAAUUUGAGCUUGCAAGCUUCUGUAUCCAUUAUGCAGCUGAAAUGAAUAAAGCUCUAGGUUCUUCUCCGAUCCAGCAAGCUGCUGUCCAGUCUUUUCUAGGGAACAACUCAAAAGCCAUUGAUUGCCUUGUUUCAGCCACAAAAACCUGUCCCACACCAUCUGUAAUCAUUCUUCUGGGAAAAACACAAAUGAAAGCCAAGAAAUACAAGGAAGCUGUGAAAAGCUUCAAAACAGCACUGGAUCUGUUGAGUCCAAAGGAAGGAGUUACAUCAACUGCACCCGAAGCUGCAGAAAUCUUUCAUUUAAUAGGCCUUUGCUACAUGGCACAAUUCAAUUUAUUACAGGCUUUGGAAGCUUUCACAAGUGCUGUGAAGAUAAAUCCUGAGCAUGCAGAUGCAUUCUACCAGCGUGGACUGUGUAAGAUGCGUCUUCAACAGGCCACAAGUGUCCAUGACUUUAAUCGAGCACUUGCCACCAAUCCAAACCUCUUUCAAGUAUACCUAAGCCGUGCUGCUUUCUAUGGCGAAAAAUGUCGCUACUCAAAGGCUAUUCUUAACUGCAAUGAAGCUAUCAAAAUUCACCCGAAGAGUGUGAGAGCAUAUCUUUACAGAGGUGCUUUAAAGUUCUACAUGAGGGUAUAUAAGAAUGCGUUGGAAGACCUAACCACAGCUAUCAACCUUGACAACAUGUGCACUUUGGCGUAUUACAAUAGAGGAGUGUGCUAUCAGCAAACAGAGCAGUAUGAAAAAGCUUUAAAAGACUAUGGAAUUGUGCUGCUUCUUGGAAGCAGACAAGAAGUUGAUCUUAAAGUGCUAAUUAAUCGUGGACUGCUGUAUGCAAAGCUCAGUGACCAUCAUAAUGCACUGCUGGAUUUCAAGGCUGCCACCAUGGCAAACCCUUUAGACCCAGCAAUCUUCAAUGCCCUUGGGAUCUGCCAUCACAGACUUGGACAACUUGCAGAAGCAAUUGAUGCCUUUAACCAAGCAAUUAAACUAAAGCCAUUUUUCCUGGAUGCAUAUGUGGGACGUGGGAAUGUAUACAUGGAUUACGGCCACGAAGCAGCAACCAAACAAGCACAGAGAGAUUUCCUUACAGCACUGCACUUAAACCCUGCAUGUUCAAAAGCCAGAAUCAACCUUGGUUACAACUUACAGGUUUUUGGAAACUUCAAGAAAGCCUGGAAUCAGUUUACAAUCAUAGCUGAUAUAUAUCCGACAUGCAGUACUGCUUAUGAGGGACGAUCUGUUGUCAACCUUCAAAUGGGCAACACAUUUGCUGCAUUUCAAGAUGUAAAUACGGCUUUGAAGCUUAACAAAGCAUCUGAUCAGCUGAUUACAAACCGUGGCGUCAUAAACCAGUUCAUGGGAGACCAUUCCAAUGCAAUGAAGGACUACCAGAGAGCAAUUACAAUUAACCCUCAUAAUGCAUUGGCUUAUUUCAAUGCUGCCAACAUCUACUUCUACAAUAGGCAAUUUGAACAGGCCAGUGAGUACUAUACUAAGGCAUUUGACCUUGAUCCAAGUAACGAGUCCUCUGUUCUGAAUCGAGCAAUUACCCGGACAUUGCUUCGAAAUGUGCAAGGAGCUCUGGAGGAUUUUAAAGAAGCCUUGAAUCUCAGCCCAUUCUCUGCUCAAAUAUAUUUUAACAGGGCAAACCUUUACAUAUCUGUGAAGCAGUACCAAUUGGCUGAGAAUGACCUCUCUCGAGCACUCCUGCUUCAGCCCCAUGAUGCACUGGUGUAUAAACUCAGAGCUGAUGUACGAGGUCAGCUUGGUUUAACAGAACAAGCUAUUUUGGAUUACAAGCAAGCAGUAGAACUUCAGGAAUCUGCCCAAGCUCUAUAAAGCAUCUCCACUGAUACACCUGUUUUCACUAUGUAGUGUAAGGAUACUUAAAAUAUUAUCACUACAAGUUCUGAUGUUUAAUAAUUCAAGUAUAAAACAG